AUGGUUCAAGCUCAGGUCUUCCUAUGGGCAUAUGUACUACUGAUAUUUGUGCCUGCUAGCAUUGAGGCACAAGAGCUUGGUGUGAAUUGGGGUGUCAUAGCAUCACAUCCAUUGGACCCUAAGAUUGUUGUUCAAAUGAUAAAAGAUAAUGGCAUCAAAAAGGUCAAGAUUUUCCACGCUGAACCACAAGUUCUAGAUGCCCUGGCAGGAACUGGUCUUGAGGUCAUGGUGGGGAUUCCUAAUGAAUCUUUGAAAAGCCUUUCCCAGAAAUACAGUGUCGCCCAGGCUUGGGUUAAAGCGAAUAUCACAGCCUAUAUGGGUAAAAAGCGUGUCAAUUUCAAGUACGUGGCAGUAGGAAAUGAACCAUUUCUGACAUCCUACAAUGGAACGUUCACCAACUUGACACUCCCAGCUAUGAAGAACGUUCUGAAGGCAUUAAAUGAAGCUGGUCACGGAAAAGAUAUCAAAGUAUCAUCACCGCUUAAUGGUGACGUUUACACAACACCUACUUACAAACCGUCCGACGGAAUAUUCCGACCUGACAUAGCAGAUACCAUGGGCGACAUAUGCUCGUUUCUCGAUGAAAAUGGAGCGGCUUUCAUCGUCAACAUCUAUCCUUUUCUUAAUCUUUACCAAAAUCCUGGAUUCCCCGAAAACUAUGCAUUCUUCGGUAACGAUGACUCGUCUUCAAUGGAUGACCAUGGCGUUAAAUAUCGUAGUGUUCUUGAUGCCAACAUCGACACUCUUGUAGCGGCACUCAAAGUAGCCAAAUUCCCAGACAUACCGAUCAUCGUCGGGGAAGUUGGAUGGCCGACCGAUGGUAACCUUUACGCCACCACAAAAAAUGCCAAGAGAUUCUACGAUGGGCUGUUGAAGAAAAUGGCGAAAAACGAUGGAACUCCACUUCGUCCAAAGACGUAUCCUGAUGUGUACAUGUUCUCUUUGUUGGAUGAAGAUCUAAAGAGUGUUGAUCCAGGGAUGUUUGAGAGGCACUGGGGAAUAUUUAGCUUUGACGGACAACCAAAGUAUCCGAUGGAUCUUUCGGGUAAAGGACAGAAUAAGUCGCUUGUUGGUGGGAAAAAUGUGCCCUAUAUGGAAAAGCAGUGGUGUGUGUAUAACGAGGAUGCUUCCGAUCAGAAAGAUCUGAAUGUCAAGGUUGCAUGGGCUUGCAAUAAUACCGAUUGCACCACUUUGGUGGCUGGAGCUUCAUGUUCAGGCAUGGGAAUUGAAACCAACGCAUCGGUUGCCUUCAACAUGUAUUACCAGAUGUCGAAUCAAAGCAAAGCAGCAUGUGAUUUCCAAGGGCUGGCUAAGAUUGUUAAACGAGAUCCAUCCAAUGGGACUUGUAAGUUCCCCAUCAUGAUUAAAAGUUUCCAGCCUACUUCCACUUCCACUUCCACUUCGAAGCGUUCACCUCCAUCAGCAUCUUCCAAUUCAUCAUCAUCUCCCUCUGAUUCUCCCUCCACUUCUCCUUCUCCCUCUCCCUUUCCCCCUCUCUAUCAUUCUCCCCCGCUUCUUUUUCUAUUUUUUGUCACCAUUUUCGCUGUUUGUCACUACAAGUAUCGUGAUUGCGAUUUUUUAAUAGCAUAUGCUAUUGUGGACAUAUCAAUUGUGGAUAUCGCAGUUUCAGACAAUAUCGUUGUUACUGCAUAA